GUAAUAUAAGAUGUCACGGUUUGAUUUUUGAGUUGAGUUUCUGCUGAUGGGUGUCGCUGUUGCCGGUUGCUUGUUGACCGCGUGGCUUUUCAGUGACGCAACGUUCAGCUCGCAGUCGUCCACGUCUCCGCUAGAGCUGGCGGUGCGAGCUUUGGCUUCAACGCGUUUAUAUCUCCCCGUUUAAGAUAAAACAUGUUCAUAUCGGUAUCAGUUUGUUGUGUUUCCUGGUGUUAGCUUAGUUAGCAGCUAGCUAACGGUAAACUCGUCACAUGCUAGCAGUAAGUGUCGUGGCGGAAAACGGCACCCCCAUCCCGAGAAGCACAUGUGAACGCACCACAUUCGGUAUAACUGAUGCACACGUGUAGUGUUUUUCACGCGUUUUUAAAUUUGUCGGCGAUCAUUUUAAUGUGAUAUGGGUUUGUUUUCAGUGGGAUGGGAUAUCUGAUGUUUUAUUAACAGAUUUGGAUCAUAAUAAAAUAAUUGUUUAAAGCCAUUUUCCCAGAGUUGCUGAAGAAUAAAGUCCGUUUUGUCCAACAUGAAGGUUCUUUUUGCAGCGGUAGUCCAUUUUCGGUACAACACCAGGUGCAUCCACACUGUCCUGUCUGAUCUAGUUAAACUAAACAUCCGGGACCUCGCUGCCUUCCAACAACAGUGUACACAAAAACACGUUUUUCCCCUUUUUCCUGACCUAGAAUGUCUGUUUAAUAACAUUCAAGUAAAAGUUAAACACAGUCUGAGCGUUGUUUCGUGGAAAAUAGGUCCCCGCUUCCCAGACACCGAGUGAAAGAUUUUAUCUUUUGUUGUUCUGACCUGUUCGAGCAGCUGCGUAGGCUGCGCUCAGCCAACGUCACUCUGCGGAUGAUUUAGCGUUAAAAUUUAAAACAAAGACGUAGCUAAACUUCAUUAUGACGUAGCUUUUCAUUUAUUUAUUUUUUUAUAUUUAAGGCACAACACUAAAUGUGCUAAUUCAUCUGUUUAAUUGUAAGUAAACGGAUCGUGCUAAUGGAAAUUUAUCUCAACGGUAAAAUAUAGUUUUAUUUUCUAAGACUUAACAUGGUUCAGUCAGGACUCGGUGAUGUGUCAGCACUUCACCUUGUCAGGAUUUGACUGACAAGACAAACUUCCAGGUUUUGAGGAGCACAUGGAUUUAUUGUAGGACAGUUUUAAUUGGCACAAAGGGCCCUGGGCCUCAGGCAGCAGGGGAAUGCCUAGUCAGCAGCGGGCAUGAGAUCCUUUUGGUUGGGGAGGUCAGUGAGGGCGUGCACGGGCGGCCUCAGGGCAGUUUUUCUGUUUAUUCCAUGAAAGUCCUCAGUAUGUGAGAAGAUCAUGGAGCUGCUGGGACAGAACAAGAUUGACCACCACCAGCGCCAGGUAGCAAUCCUGAGCCAGGACAGCUUCUACAAAGCGCUGACUCCAGAGCAGAAAGCCAAGGCGCUUAAGGGCCAGUUCAACUUUGAUCAUCCAGAUGCCUUUGACAAUGAGCUGAUCAUGCAAACACUCAGGCAGAUACUGCAGGGGAAGACCGUUCACAUCCCCAUUUAUGACUUUGUCACUCAUUCCAGGGGAGAUGAGUUUGUUACCGUGUAUCCAGCUGAUGUGGUCCUGUUUGAGGGCAUCCUCAUGUUCUACUCCCAGGAAAUCAGAGAUCUGUUCCAGAUGAAGCUGUUUGUUGACACAGAUCCAGACACACGGCUCUCACGUCGAGUUCUGAGGGACAUCAAUGAGCGUGGCAGAGAUCUAGACCAGGUUCUGAGUCAGUACAUCACCUUUGUAAAACCGGCCUUUGAGGAGUUCUGUUUACCGCCUCGAGUUUGGAAUUCACGGAGAGUCUUGAACGCGGCAGGGGAACGCGUCAGCGUCGUGCGUCAGGUGAACGUGAAGAUGGUGAAAUUCGGCCUCCAGUUUAAAGCCACUCUGGAGAACGUCACCAACGUGAGACCGUUAGGUGAAGACUUCCGCUGGUUUCUCAAGCUUAAGUGUGGAAACUGUGGCGAGAUCCCGGAUAAAUGGCAGUACGUGACGCUAGCGGAAAGUGUUCCUUUAAAGGGGGGGCGAGGAAGUGCCAGCAUGGUGCAAAAGUGUAAACUCUGUGGAAGAGAAAACUCCAUAGACAUCCUGGGAGAUACAAUAACUCCUUAUAAUGCUGAGGACAACGAGACCUUCAAGACCAUGGUGCAGUUCGAGUGUCGAGGAUUGGAGCCGGUUGAUUUCCAACCACAAGCAGGCUUUGCUGCAGAAGGAGCAGAGUCAGGAACGCCGUUUCCAGAAGUCAACCUACUAGAAAAGGACUGGACGGACUAUGAUGAGAAGGUCAGCGAGUCAGUGGGAAUCUAUGAGGUCACACACCGAGUUGUCAAAUGUUGACAUCGUUCUGCAACGAGCCUCCGGUGGCUGAAGGAGACACAUCAGCCCCAUUUCCUGUUAACCAGCAUGCUUUUCCACAGAGACAGUGUGGUUGGGUUCAUGAUGAACAGUGAGAGAGUUGAACCAACAGAACAGACUUUCAUUCAUAGCUGGGAUUGUUGCUGUUUUUGUGAUUGUCUCAAUAAAAACGAAGGGUGACCUUUUUCUCUUCA